AUGGGAUAUGACCGAUUUGCACCACCCCUAGAGGGCAAUGCACUGCGAGAACCAAAGUUAGCUGCAGUCAGGGACGAGUGGCUGGGGUGCAGAGUGAAGACUUUUAAGUACAAGCUCACGGCAAAACAUCUGAAGCUCAUUGCCAGGACUGUGAUGGUGCAGGAAGGGAACGUGGAAGGUGCAUACCGGACUCUCAACAGAAUCCUCACCACAGAUGGGCUGGUUGAGGACAUUAAGCGACGGCGGUACUACGAGAAGCCUUGCCGCCGCCGCCAGCGCGAAAGCUAUGACACGUGCCGGAGGAUCUACAACAUGGAAAUGACUCGAAAGAUCAACUUUUUGAUGCGAAAGAACAGGGCAGACCCAUGGCAGGGCUGCUGA